AAAUAAUCGUCACAUGAAAGUAGAUCAUCUCAUCCCACAAUAAUGGAUUUCAAUUCUUACAUUCAGACAACUCUUCUUGUCUUUAGUCUGCUGCUUCUAAUUUUCUCCAGAAAAAAGGCAGCGAGGAAUUAUAAAUCCGGAAAAGUCGGUGCUCCGGAACCAACCGGAGCAUGGCCAGUCCUUGGUCACCUCCACAUGCUACGAGGCCCAGACCCUGUUUGUAAGAAGAUGGGAGCGAUAGCAGACAAAUACGGCCCAGUCUACUCACUCAAGCUCGGUAACCACAGGCUGCUGGUGGUGAGUAGUUGGGAGGUUGCCAGGGAUUGCUUCACCACAAACGACAGAGCUCUGGCGACCCGGCCAAGCAUAGCCGCCGGAAAAUAUAUGGGUUAUAACAACGCCAUCUUAGCCCUUGCUCCUUAUGGAGAUUACUGGCGUUACAUCCGCAAGGUGGCCACCAUCGAGCUUUUCUCCGCCCACCGCCUCGAGCAGCUCAGUCACGUACGGUUUUCGGAAGUUGGGUUAUUCAUCAAAGAUCUGUCCAAGCUUUGCAACGGCAGUUGGGUGGAGGUGGAUAUGAGCAAACUUCUGGAAGGCUUGACAUUCAACCUAAUCCUGCGGAUGAUUGUCGGAAAAAGAUUCUCCGGUAACAAUUGCAAGGAAGAUGACAACAUGGCACAGCGGUACAAGAGAGCCAUAAAGGAAGCUAUUGAGCUGAGUGGGGUGUUUGUGUUGUCGGACGCAGUUCCGUGGUUGGGAUGGAUGGAUUUUCAUCAGCAUGUGAGUAGGAUGAAGAAGACGGCGAGGGAGCUGGACUCGGCGCUGGUUAAGUGGUUUGAUGAGCAUGUUCGGAGGAGGAAGGAAGAGAAUCAGGGUGGCCGGGAAAGUGACUUCAUGGACGUGAUGCUAUCGAACCUUCCAGAGGAUAUCGUGAUGUCUGGCCAUACAAGGGAUACUGUCGUGAAAGCAACAGCUUUGAUUCUCACCCUAACUGGAGGAGAGAGCACUUCUGUAUCGCUCACAUGGGUACUCUCCCUUUUGCUGAACCAUCCAAGCGUGCUCAAGGCGGCACAGGAAGAGCUGGACACCGUCGUUGGAAGAGACAGAUGGGUAGAAGAGUCCGAUAUCAAGAAGUUGGAUCUCCUCCACGCCAUCGUCAAAGAAACCCUCCGGCUAUAUCCACCAGGUCCGGUGACCGGCCUGCGCGAGGCCACAGAAGACUGCAGCAUCGGUGGCUAUCAUGUCCCCAAGGGCACGCGAGUAAUUGCAAACAUCUGGAAGUUGCAGCGGGACCCAAGAGUGUGGAAGAAUGCGGAGGAAUUUCAGCCGGAGAGAUUCAUGACGGUUAAUUCCGUGAUGGAUUUUAGGGGUCAAAAUUUGGAGUAUAUACCGUUCGGCUCGGGAAGAAGGUCGUGUCCUGGAAUGACUUUUGGCUUGCAGGUGGUUAACCUGACGCUUGCUCGGCUACUUCAGGGGUUUGAUAUGGCGGCGCCAGCGGGAAGGCCGGUGGAUAUGCGUGAAGGCUUGGGCCUUGCCUUGCCGAAAGCUAACCCCCUUGAAAUGCUACUAAAGCCACGACUUCCUUCCAAGCUCUAUCAUCAAUGCCCCUAAAAUACCAAAGUAAAAUGCUACAAUUUGCAAAGAAGAAUGUGAGAGAUCAGAAAGUAUUAGGAGAAAGGAAGGGUUAUUUAUAAUUUCUCACCUGAUGUAGAUGUAAAAAAAAAUAUAUAAAUAAACAUGAAGGUACUUAAAAUCUAGUUAUGAUACUAUCAAUAAAGUUGAAGCUAUUGA